UCCUCACACGACAACAACCACGUGUGAGAUGGCGUUUUGAGAGCUAUGGAAUAGGAGAGACGCGGGUCCCACGUGGGUCCCGCCGCCUACUUCCGACGCGCAGCCGCAGCGCGAGCCUCAAUUACCGGACCAAACUCCGGUACCCGAUCUUCCUAUACCCGCCGUCCAUGGCAGCUUUAUGCCCUCCAUGGACGGUCGAUCGUUUAGUUUGCACGCGCUGUACAUCGCUUGAGGAGUACGAUUAUUAUUGCUGUGUUCGCGGUCACCGUCACCACCGGCGGUGUCCUCUCCUCGCCUCCUCCCUCCUCUCUUGUCCCUCUCCUAUCUCAAAUCCCCGUGCCCCAAACUUGCCCCUUUUUGUGUGCCCUACACUAGCGAGUAUGGCCGCUUUCCAACUCGCGAGAUCCGGCUUCUCGCCGCCCGCCCUGCGGUGGCCCUCGGGUCUGCUUGGCCCCGUCCGCAUACUCUGCCGCCUCCCGGAGGACAACGGCGGCGAACCCGACGGUUCAGGGUGGGAGGAGCCGCCGGAGUCGCUGUUCAUGAAGGAGCUGAGGCGGCGGGGGAUGACCCCGACGUCCCUAUUGGAGGACAGCGAAAGGGGGGCGCGUGGACGGGGCCAGAGGGAGAUGGAAGCCAAGGAAGAUAGCGGCAACGGCGGCGGUGGCCGCAGGGAGCGGGGGAGCAGGAACGGGGUGGCCUCGGUGGAGCUCGAGAAGGGGAUGACGAGGCCGAAGGAGCUGUUCAUGUCGGUGAACAGUGAGGGAUUGGAGUGUUCUGGCCCGAGUUUUAUGCAUGAUGCAAGCAAGUUGGCAGCUUCACCGCCUCCAUAUAUCGAUCCGUAUUCAUUCCUCGAAGAUGAGAAACUUCCGCACGCAGCAAACUAAGUGAUCCGAUGUUGAAGUCGUAUGCCAAAAACGAGUUUGUCUGCUAUGCCUGUAAACUUGUACUCAAUAUCUUGCCAUGGCAAUUCGUAGUAUGUUGCCUAUAUAACAUAGCCAAGAUCUGGUCCUGCGCGCGCGCGCGUGUAUAUAUUGAGUACAAGUAUACAUUUAGCAUAUGUUGAGUACAAGUGUGUA